UCAUUAGAAAAAAGAGUUUGAAUGGGGAAUGCAGGAAAAUUUUGAUUCGCGAUGCCCUUCACUUACUACUUAUGACGUUCGUUGUCUGUGACUGGGUAUCUCUCAAUGACGUCAGAUUCCUUCGGAUAAAACUGUUCGUUCAAACUACGUGAAUUAACCCAGUCUUCUUUAUUACGGGAGUGACUUUGUAUCUGUGAUCUUUGUCUUAUCCAUAGUACAUCGGUGUGUUCCACUUAAAUGAAUCAAAAGCUCUGACUGUCUCGAUGGCUCAGUUGCUUUCUGUGCACAAUCUGUCGCAGACCUCGCUACAAUCCACCCAGGAUCAAGGAAUACCAAACAUCGUUUUAACAGAAGACGAUGAGAAAUACCAGAGGAACGGUAGUAUCGGUAGCGUGUCCAUAAACAGCGACAUCAGUCUGCCGAAAAUCGACGGACCACCAGACGACUACAAUAACAAUGCUCCAAUACUUAAGAAAUUACAGCAGGCACCCGUGGAUCUUUCAUGGGAGAAUCUUUCGUUUUCUGUCUCCAAAGGAUGGAGGAAAAAAGAAAGAAAAGUGAUCUUGAAGGAUCUGUCGGGUCUGGUGACGUCGGGAGAAUUGACGGCAAUCAUGGGACCUUCGGGAGCGGGAAAAUCGACUCUGAUGAAUAUUCUAAGUGGAUUUUUGAAUGCAAAACACGAAGGCAAAAUCCUAGUGAAUAAUCAAAGAAGAAACCUGAACAUGUUCCGGAAAUUGUGCUGUUACAUUACUCAAGAUGAUUAUCUUUUACCUCAUUUAACGGUUCUGGAAUCCAUUACUGUGGCCGCAAAUCUUAAAAUUCCCUCAUCCGUAUCCCAAGAAGAAAGGAAGCAAAUGGUGACCGAUGUCAUAGAGAUGCUAGGUUUGACAGAAUGCGAGAAAACUAAAUCCGUUCAUCUGUCUGGAGGACAGAAAAAAAGAUUAAGCAUCGCGCAAGAACUUGUUAGCAAUCCACCCGUUAUGUUCUUCGACGAGCCAACUAGUGGCUUAGACAGUGCUCUCAGUUACCAUUGUAUUAGCUUAUUGCAGUCGUUAGCUAGAGGAGGCAGAACAAUCAUAUGCAGCAUUCAUCAGCCUAGUUCCAGGAUAUUCCAACUUUUCGAUCGGUUAUACGUCUUGUCUGCCGGAGAAUGUGUCUAUAACGGAGCCAUUCAAGAUCUUGUUCCGUUCUUGUCUUCUCACGGAAUGGAAUGCCCACAAUUCUAUAAUCCGGCCGAUUAUAUUAUGGAAAUAGCAUCGGGAGAAAUCGGAGAUAAAGAUAAAUUAGCUAUGGUGAUCAAGUGUGAAAUCGAAGAUGCAAAAAAGUUAGACGAGUCUUUGGAAAAAAGCAAUUUUCUAUCCGUUUACGGCAUGAGGAACAGCGAAACUAGAGCGAGCACCCUCUCUUUAGUAUCAAAUAAGGAAGCGUUGAAUGAGGACGAAUAUCACGGUUAUCCGAGGAAUUCCUUUACUCAGUUCCGUGUGUUGUUAGUCCGAACGUUUCUAUCCAUGUUGAGGGAACCCACGAUGACCAAAGUCAGAUUUUUUUCUCACGUCGGCGUUGGACUUUUAACGGGAGUGAUGUAUUUGAACACUGCCAACAUUGCCGACAAGAUUUUUAACAACGUGGCCUUCCUCUUUCUCUCUAUUCUCUUUCUCUGCUUCACGGCCAUGUUACCCACGAUAUUGACUUUUCCCUCUGAAAGAUCGGGAUUCUUUCGAGAGCAUUUGAAUGGUUGGUACAGCACAAAAACGUACUACUUGGCCAAGACGUUAGCAGACAUGCCUUUUCAGAUAGUGUUUCCUGUCAUGUACGGAAGCAUCGUUUAUUGGAUGACGGGACAGCCGUCAGACACGUGGAGGUUUUGUUUAUUCCUGUGUUUUUGCGUACUUACUUCUCUGGUAGGACAGUCGCUGGUGAUCGCAAUUGGGGCAAUUACCUCCGCAGUCACUGCAGUAUUCAUAGCUCCCGUGGCCUGCAUCCCUUUCGCUCUCUUCUGCGGAUUCUUCAUCAGUCUCAAAUCCAUGCCCAUGUACCUGCGAUGGUUCUCCUACACUUCAUUCUUCCGUUAUUCUUACGAAGGAUUCAUGCUCACUUUGUACGGUUUCAACCGACCGAAAAUGGAAUGCGAUACCUUAUGUUAUUUUCGCGAUCCUUAUAAAUUUCUGAAGCUGAUGGGAAUCGAAAAUGCCGAACUUUACGUUUGUUUUGUCGGUUUAGUCGUUUUAUUUAUUGUCUUGAGAAUAAUAGGUUAUUGUUUACUGUGUUGGAAACUGCGAAUGAGAUCCGGAGGUGGACGAUUUUAAAACAAAUCACAUUUACGCUCACUUCGUAUCCUUCGUGUGUA